AUGUCAAGAGCAACAGCAGGCUUAUCAAAUCAAUAUAUCAGAAUGCCCAACGAAGCUGAUGAAAUAAUAAGAGUUCAGAAUGGCUUCUAUAGGAUCUGUAGAUUUCCACGAGUCGUUGGAUACAUUGACGGGACGCAAAUAAAGAUGCAAUCACCAGGAGCUCAAGAUGGAGAAGUUUUUCGUAAUAGAAAGUCGUUUUUUUUUAUAAAUACUCAAAUAGUUGCUGGUCCAGAUUUGAAAAUAUUUGAUAUUGUUGCUCGAUGGCCAGAAUCUACCCAAGAUUGA